GGCGUUGAAGCACAUGUGACAUUGAUAGGUUAGGUAGCGAUUCGUUUGUGAAGAACAAUCUAUUCUCCAUCCGGAGAAAGACGUCCAAAGACAGUCUCUUUGAAAGUUUGAAAAGUUAGGAUAAGAGGAAAAUAUGGGUAAGCUAGCGCCUCGUUUAGCAAGUAGAAAGAAGGCGAAGAGAUGGGCAAAAGGCCAGAGUUCGAGUUCCAACCCGGUGACCACGAAGCAUCGCGAGCAAGCGACUGGGAUGUUUUUUAAGAAUUUUCCCUGCACGCCAGGCAUCACGAAGGAGGAUCUAUGGAAGCACGACGUUAUCCAAGGUGUUGAGUCGCAUUUCACCAAGCUCGACAUAAACGAGGAUCAGCUCGAGGAAAGUACCGUAGACGGGACGGCGAUUACGUGCGACACGUUCGCCACUAAUUACACCAAUUGUUCCAACCUUUCGUUUGACAGGUUCCUAAGUCAUUUCCAAUCGAGCUCGAUCGUACACAAGGAGAUGCUGGCAGUGCUGGCAGCCGUCACCGAGAUUAUCAAGCAGAACGGUGGUAACGAAAGCUCGACAGAGUACUUUGCUGCAUUAAUGAGCACUUUAGAGACGGUGGAGGAUGAUACUUCUGUAGUCGCAACGCUGUCUUUACUCGGAAUGUGUCUGAAAACGGUAUCUAGAAACGUACUAAAUUUGCAGUUUGGUUCAACAAGUCAAGUUCUGCUUCGAAUUCUGUCACGGUAUGUCGUUAGCGAGAACCACCUCAUUAUGCGACAUUGCAUAGGCUGUCUUUCGGUGUUGAUGAGAGCGCAGGAGGCUGCCAUUUGGAUGAAUUCCUCAACGAUGCAAGUACUGGAUACUAUAUUGUCAUUUACUACUCACGCCAAGCCAAAGGUACGCAAGUCAGCCCAGCAUGGGAUAUGUGCCAUUCUGAAGGGCAGUGACAUAAUGAAGAGCGAAAAGCCGCCGGCUCAUCACCCGGCUGCGGGACAAGUCGCGAAGCACUGUCUCGCGGAACUCAACUCCGCCUGCGCGCCAGGAUUGUCGCUAGGAGUAACCACUAUACUGCAUAUUCUUACAUUGUUGAAGGAUAUAAUGCAUCAACUACCAAAGUCGCAUGUAAGGACUAUCUGCGAACGUCUGUUGAGUAUAAUGACGUUGAAUAAUGUAUUGAUAACGUCGUGUUGCUUGCAAACUCUGCAUGGAUUAUUUGUCAUGAGGCCGUCGGAAGCAACGUUACCUUUCUCGCGAAACGCAAAUAUUAUUAAAGCCCUUUACGAUUAUCAACCGUCCGCAAACGACACACAGCCGACCUUGGCGUGGUUGGCGGUCAUGCAAGAGGCUCACUGCAACCUGGCGGCACACCUGAUCUCGUUGAAAUUAUCCUCCGACGUUUUUUCGACAUUCAACUACGUUAUGCCGGAGAUGCUCAACAGAUGCGUCGAGCUCUUGCUAUCGAACAAGCCGGAGAUCGUCACUGGUACGUCACACACCGUCAAAAUCAUUCUGCAGGAGUGCGUAGCGCCUCUUUGCGAGAACGAGGAGCGAAUUGGCAAGUAUGAACCUAUUUUGAGGCACGUAGUCGAGAUAAUGCACAAGACCUUGAGUUAUCAGUAUAUCGGAGCCUGGCGCCACGUUCUUCACCUUAUAGCCGUGCUCUUCCAAGUUACCGGCAAGCUGCAGUUCCAGGAACUCGUCAACGUUGUCAAGAGCCUGGGAAAUCUGCGAGAUUCCCACGAUUUUGUGCACAACCGCGACACGGAGUACGCCAUUGGAGCAGCGAUCCGGGCUAUGGGGCCUCGAGUCAUAUUGGACAUCCUCCCUCUUCGAAUUGACGAAAACACGAUCGAUCUCAAACGGAGUUGGAUGAUUCCGCUACUGAAAGAUUGCAUAACUGGUGGCACCAUCGCCUUCUUCAAGGACGUCCUGCUGCCGAUCGCCCUGCGGUGCGAGGAGAAAGCUAAGGGAUCUCUCGCAGAUGGGAAGACGUAUGAGUGUUUAGUAACGCAAAUCUGGUCAAUUUUGCCGAGCCUGUGCAACGACGCCAGCGACGUGAAAGAUAAUUUUAAGUCAGUUGCCAAGAUAUUGGGUACAGCUAUCAGCGACCGGAGGGACUUGAGAUUAUCUGCGAUGGCGGCUUUGAGAAAGCUGAUCAGCAAGGCAACCAUCGGCCGAGGCAACGCUGAUGAUAUCGCAGAACUCGCUCGCUUCGCCAAGAAUUAUCUGCCGAUUCUCUUCAAUCUGUACACGACAAAGCCAAACGGCACGGACGAGGAGGGAGCGCGUCUGGCCGCGUUCGACACGAUCAAGACUUACAUGACGAUCGUGAGCAGCGAUUUAGCGAACGAGCUGUUCGAUCGUGCGCUAAGCAAAUUUGAGGAACCCGAUGCGGACGACUUUUUCAAAGAGAGCGUCUACGAUCUGACGAGAGCGUUGAUCGGCUAUACGGAUGUUGAUAGGUUGAGCAAGUACUACGAUAGGUGCGUGCCGAUCCUCAAGGAUGACACUAAGCGAAAGGAGCAGAAGAAAGCCUAUCGUUUUCUUGAGGAAAUAUGCAGCAGCGAAAGACAGGUUUGCAAACAGUUCCUGCACCAACAUCGACGUCAGAUUCAAAGCACGCUGAUAUCAUCGGCAGUCAGCGUGAUCAUAACAAGCAGAGGAGCGCGUUUGCGAUGUCUGGAGCAUCUCGUCAGAAUACAUCCGCAGCUCGAGAAGACUAAGUUCUUGGAAGCCAUUGUGCCGGAAGCUGUACUUUGUGUUAAAGAUAUCAACGAGAGGUGUCGCGAUGCGGCGUAUCAGUUGCUCAAUACAAUUGCUGAAAAAUUUCUCAACAAUUCCGAACAUCUCAAGGACUACGUGGAUAUGUUGAUAGUAGGCUUGGGCGGUGAACAAGCGUACGUUAACGUCAGUCUCCUCGCUCUCGCGUCAAUCACUUAUCGUCACAAGGACUCUCUAAGCACAGACGUCAUCAACGAGAUCUUGGAACACGUUUGUACGAUUCUCAAAAGUCCUACGAGAGAGAUAGUUGAAUCCGCUUUGUCCUAUGUAAAGGUGUACAUCAACGUGAUGACGUCUAUCGCGAUGGCAUCAACAUUACCGCGGAUAAUCGACGCCCUGUCGGGAAUGAGCGAAAACUGUAAGCGUCACUUUCGACAAAAAGUACGAGACAUCUUCACGAAAUUGAUAAGAAAGUACGGCAUCGAACCAAUAUCGAGUAUGAUACCAAUUUCGGACAUCAUCUUGCACAAGAGGCUGAAAAAUAUUAACAAAAUAGAGAAUGCGAAGAAGAAGAAACGAGAACUCGAAAGGGCGAGGAAGCUGCAGGAGCAGAAUAGCGACGAGGAAUUUGAUGCCAAGAGGAGACCUAAAAGCAUAGAGGAGAUAUUGGCUGACAGCGAUGAGGAAUUUGAUGUCAUGGAAAACGAACAAGAAAAGAAGAGGAACAAGAAAAGAACGUCGAAAAAGGACGCUUGGAUUCAGGAAAGUGAAGAUAAUAUAGUCGAUCUUGCAGAUCCUGCAGCUGCUAGAAAUAUCACAACUACACAACCAGUAUCAAAUCCGAAGAUUCUAGAGAGGAAAACAAAGGAUCGUGGCUUUCCGACUGCACCCGAUGGUCGUCUUAUCAUUAGAGAUGAUAAUGAGAAGGAUAGCGAUGUAGAAAGAAGUAAUAAGAAGAGAAAGACUUCUUUCCUUCAGAAUGACUCAGAAGAUGAUUACGUUGAGGAUGACGUAUCAGUAGUGACCACAAAGACCGCCAGCAAAAAACGUAAAUAUAGUGAGAGUGUGCUGGACGUGAUGAGCUUAAAGAGUCAAUCAACGUCAAAAUAUCGAGCUGGUGGCUCGGGUAUUCAUCGAUCGUUAAAAAUGAGAAAAAUAGAUUCUCAACCCGGUUCAGAGUAUCGUGCGACAAAAGCUAGAGGAGAUAUUAAGAAAAAGGGAAAACCAGAUCCCUAUGCAUAUGUACCCUUGACAAGGUCUCUAUUGAACAAAAGAAAGAAGAAGAAAAACUCGAGAAAAUUUCAAAGCAUUGUUUCUGGAGCGAAGAAGGGUGCCCGCACAGGUAUGCGGAAUAAACGAAGGAAACAUUAAACAAGAAUAACAGUUCUAAU